AUGUCGGCAUUCAGUUGGAUAUUUUCAAGCACACAGACACGCAGGAACCGCUGCAACAAGUACGAAAUGUGUUUAGUUGCGAAAAACAGUUCCCUGCUGUCGCCUGAUCUGACGCUGAUCAUUUUACAUAUUGCUUUAAGAAAUUUAAGAACCUCGAUACAUAUUGGCAAGAAUUCCAUCGAGGGGUGGGCGUUCCCAUAUUUUUUCAUUUUCUCAUCCGCUGCCCUGGCCGCGGCCAAACCGCAUUCUUUACUUGUCAAGUUUACAUAUCGUUCGGCAAGGGUGCCAGGGACCGUAACAUCCCACGCCAAACAUCUGCCGGCUCUCCAAGGUUACCUAUGCGAUUUUUAG